GGCGGGACAGCGGGCGCACGGCGGGGCGAGCGGCUGCAGCCAUGAGGGAGAUCGUGCACAUCCAGGCGGGACAGUGCGGAAACCAGAUCGGGACCAAGUUUUGGGAAGUGAUAAGUGAUGAGCAUGGCAUUGACCCAGCCGGAGGCUAUGUCGGUGACUCAGCGCUGCAGCUGGAAAGGAUCAAUGUCUACUACAAUGAAUCAUCUUCCCACAAAUUUGUACCAAGAGCAGUCUUGCUGGACUUGGAGCCGGGAACCAUGGAUAGUGUGCGCUCUGGUCUUUUUGGUCAGCUCUUCCGGCCCGAUAAUUUCAUCUUUGGACAAACUGGUGCAGGAAACAACUGGGCUAAAGGACACUAUACAGAAGGGGCAGAGCUGGUUGACUCUGUGCUUGACGUAGUGAGAAAAGAGAGUGAACACUGCGACUGCUUGCAAGGAUUUCAGCUCACUCACUCCCUGGGAGGAGGGACAGGGUCUGGCAUGGGAACCCUGCUUAUCAGCAAGAUCCGAGAGGAGUUUCCGGACAGGAUAAUGAAUACCUUCAGUGUCAUGCCUUCUCCUAAGGUUUCUGACACCGUGGUGGAGCCGUACAACGCCACGCUUUCGGUCCACCAGCUGGUGGAGAACACAGAUGAAACCUACUGCAUCGACAACGAAGCUCUGUACGACAUUUGCUUCCGCACCCUGAAGCUCACCACCCCCACCUACGGAGAUUUAAACCACUUGGUCUCUGCCACCAUGAGCGGGGUGACCACAUCCCUGCGUUUUCCGGGCCAGCUCAAUGCCGACCUCCGGAAGCUGGCAGUGAAUAUGGUCCCCUUCCCGCGCCUUCACUUUUUCAUGCCGGGCUUUGCUCCUUUGACGGCGCGGGGCAGCCAGCAGUACCGAGCGCUCACGGUGCCAGAGCUGACCCAGCAGAUGUUCGAUGCCAAAAACAUGAUGGCAGCCUGUGACCCGAGGCACGGCCGGUACCUGACGGUGGCCACCGUCUUCCGCGGCCCCAUGUCCAUGAAGGAGGUGGACGAGCAGAUGCUGGCCAUCCAGAACAAGAACAGCAGCUACUUCGUGGAGUGGAUCCCCAACAAUGUCAAGGUGGCGGUGUGUGACAUCCCUCCCCGUGGCCUCAAGAUGGCCUCCACCUUCAUUGGCAACAGCACUGCUAUCCAGGAGCUCUUCAAAAGGAUCUCGGAGCAGUUUUCUGCCAUGUUCAGGAGAAAGGCCUUCCUCCACUGGUUCACAGGAGAGGGGAUGGAUGAAAUGGAAUUUACAGAAGCAGAAAGCAACAUGAAUGACCUGGUUUCAGAGUAUCAGCAAUACCAAGAAGCAACAGCAAAUGAUGGAGAGGAAGCAUUUGAAGAUGAUGAAGAAGAGAUCAAUGAAUAAAAAAAUUAGGUGCGAGAUUUUUUCCAGGCCAAAUUCUCAAAUCUGGAUUUCUGAUAAUUAGGCUUGUAAAUCCAUACUUAUGUUUAAAAAGUAAUAAAAAAGGGAGCAUGAAUUUCAGGAGUUAGAAGGGCUUUUCAGAGUCCAUUUGGAUCACUGUGGACACUCGGCAUUGCUGGAAAUUGGGCCAUUUCUAUUCAUGAGACAAAUGUAAGGCAUUCAGUUACGACUUUGGCCUAAGAGUCUGAACGUGGAGAUUGCUGGUUUGGGAUCUUUUUUCUUUAGGGUUGUCAUCCCUAAAGCUGCAGAAGAGAAGAUGUAAAAUAGGCAUGAAAAUCUACAAAUUAGAGCUGCACUAUUUUCAUCCAAUUAUGAGUAAGAAAAUCUUGUGAGCUUGAAGUAUUCUGUACCAAAUGUACAAUACUAAACUGCCAGAAACAAAAUUUAUUCAUAAUAAAAGAAAAAGUUUUUAGAUAUGCUGUACAGUAACUGUUAACAGUGAUAUUUGAUUCCAGUCCUCUAAAAAUAAAAUAAAAAUUAAUAGUACCCUCUCAA